AUGGAUCCGGCAGAGCGUCACCUUACUCGUUCGUGCCGCGGAGCCGCCCCCGUAAUCGGCUACUCCAUCCUCACAGGCAGCCAUACUCUGGCCCUCUCGCUCUUUGCCUAUGCCGCCGUCACCGACCUGGUGGACGGCUACAUCGCCAGAAGAUGGAACCAGCAGACUGUCGUUGGGACCGUCAUCGACCCCAUGGCCGAUAAGUUCCUGAUGACCAUCGGCGUCGUUUGUCUUGCCAUGAAGGCUGCUAUCCCGAUGUGGUUGGCUGGUCUUAUACUGGCUCGCGACGUCGGGCUCGGGUUUGCAGCCAUAUACUACAGAUGGAUUUCUCUGCCUCCGCCUAAGACCAUGAAGCGAUACUGGGACUUCUCUCUUCCUUCGGCCGAAGUCAAGCCCACGGAGGUGUCCAAGGUUAACACGGCGCUGCAGCUUGCUCUGCUGGGCUCUGCGAUGGCCAUGCCUGUGCUUCCCGAGGCCAUGAUGACGGCCUGGUACCUGCAGGAGGGCAUGGUUGGGUUACAAUAUCUCGUCGCCUUUACUACCUCCUGGUCCGGCCUCCAGUACAUCUUCAACAAGGACGUCGUUCGCAUCCUACACGAUAACAAGAACACAAACAAGGACUCGGACUCCAAGACGAACUGA